AUGGAGAAGACGGUUUAUGAAGCAUUCCACACUGAUGAAGGGAUCACGGAUGAGUUGCUCCAGGAAGCAGCAAAGCUCUUCUCUGAGAACUACGGAAUCUGGGGUAAACAGGCACCGGAAAAGGUGGGGAAAUUCGCGAAAGCAGAUGCUCCGGUUCGGCUGAGCAAAAGCAAACUCCGAAACGAAUACCUUCCUAGUGGCAUCUCCUCAUAUACCAGAGUCUUCGUCGAUGGUACUCUUGCUGGUAAUGCUCUGGCGUGUCGUUGGUCUGUUGGUGGUAAGACCAUUUGCUGGGUUACUCAAUUAGUCGUUCAUCGCGAUUAUCGGGAACGUGGGCUUGCACGUGGACUACUCGAUCAGAUCAAUCGAGACGGGAGUGAUAUUUAUGGCGUUAUUAGCUCUCAUCCAGCUGCUUGUCUAGCUGCCGCGAGAGCUUUCGGAAACUCCAUCGAUAAUAUCUCACUUGAUUUCAUGAAAGCCCAUGCAGAGUCGAUAAUGAAUGUGUCCCCAGUGGAGUAUGUUCGGGAUGCUAAGCUAGCAGGCAGCCUUUUUGAUUCCAAAGAUACCACCGGUCGUGUCUGUUGUGUCGACUCUGGAUUCUUCGUUGAUCACCGCGAGCCGCUUGAGGCGUUGGCGUGGGUGCGGGAUACAAUGGAGUGGCCGUUGGGUGACCUAUUUGAUGGUCAUGAAUAUCUCCUUAUCCUUGAAGCCAGGCGUCGGUCCCGCUCACGGUCUAAUUCAGGGCGCCGGAAUGUUGCGGCUUGA